GUGAGGCCGGGCCGGGAGGAGCUGCGCCGGUGCCGCGCUUUGGCAGCCUUCGCUGUCGUGGGAGGAGACUGCGGGGACGGAGACGCAGCCGGCGUGCCUAGUAAAAAGUUAACGCAAACGGAGACCGAUAUUCUUAACAGGCUGGUAACUAGAACCAACCUUCUGCACUUGGCUCUGUGGCCACGAGGAAUGGCAAUGGAAGAUCCCGACAGGAAGACAGAAGUAGUGCUGCUGGCCUGUGGGUCCUUCAAUCCCAUUACCAACAUGCAUCUGAGGCUAUUUGAGCUGGCUAAAGACUAUCUCCAUGAGACAGGAAAAUACAAAGUAAUCAAAGGAAUAAUUUCACCAGUAGGUGAUGCAUAUAAGAAGAAGGGUCUGAUCAGUGCUGAUCACCGAGUAACUAUGGCAAAAUUAGCCACCAGUAACUCAGAUUGGGUGGAAGUUGAUGACUGGGAAAGCAGCCAGAGUGAGUGGUUGGAAACAGUGAAAGUUUUAAGGCACCAUCAUGAAAAGCUUUCAUCCCCUGAUGCUACCAUUAGUCUGCAGAAUGCUUUACCUUUAACAAAGCCGGGACGGAAGAGGAAACAAGAACCAAAUAGGCACGACCCCAUUAAGAAGAAAAAUCAGAGUUCAGAUGGAAAAAAUGUCCCACAGGUUAAACUGCUUUGUGGAAGUGACGUGCUGGAAUCCUUUGGGAUCCCCAAUCUGUGGAAGUUGGAAGACAUCACUGAAAUUAUACAAAAUUAUGGUCUUGUAUGCAUCAGUAGGGCUGGAAACAGCAUUCAGAAAUUCAUCUAUGAAUCUGAUAUUUUGUGGAAAUACAAGAACAACAUUCAUCUCGUGGAAGAAUGGAUCACAAAUGACAUUUCCUCCACCAAAAUCAGGAGAGCGCUGCGGAGAGGACAGAGCAUUCGUUACCUGGUGCCUGAUGUGGUGCGGGCAUACAUAGAGAAAAACGAUCUGUACAGCCUAGAGAGCGAAGACAGGAAUGCUGGGGUUACCUUGGCUCCUUUACAGAAAAAUGCAAGUGAUUCUAAGAACUAGCAGGCACUUCACAGAUAAUUUGCUUUCUGGUGUGAAAAGAUAAAAAAAGAUAAUAGUCCAGUACAUGAAGAUGGUUUUUUUUUUUUUUGUCAGUAGCAAGCAAAUUCUACAGCUUCAGUGAUGUGCAGCUGCUGACAAGGUUUGGUUUGUUUAACAUGGGGGCCUAUAUAUUCUUCAUUUUAUAAAAUCCUGUAAUAAGAUUUCCACAUCUAGACAGACUGUCACAGUUCAGUGAACUAAAUACAAGAAUUUACCAUAGUGUACGAGAAUUACAAAUAUGAACAAAGCAAGUGAAAGUGUUCUGAUUUAGUUUAGACUACUGUGACUGCUAUUUAUGAAAUAGGAACACAAAUAACUCAGCGUUAUAAGUAGCAAAGUCAUCUUACUUGAAACUCACCACUUCUGAGGGUAAAUCUGCAAUAACUAAUUUUUUAAAAACUGCUAACACAUGAUGCAACUUGAAUUAUUUGGCUGCAUCCUGUAGAAGGAAGAAGCUACUGCUGGGUGCUAGCUAUACCAUGCUAUCAGUUGCUUGCCUUUCAAAUAUGAAGCCUGUUUGUUUGCUGUCAUGCAAUCUGCAGCCCAAAUACCUCAUGCUUUAGUUUUUCAUUCACAGUUCCAGAGCUCUAGAUUAAGUUCAGCAGUAUUUCUCAAAUGAGGAUAGACCUACUUCAAAAACUGGUUUAUAGCCAUUGAUUUAAUGGCUAUAAGUUAAUAACAGCAUCACUGCAGAUUCUCAUACCAUUCUCCUUUUAUUUCCAGUAACAACUGAGCCUUAACUUUUAAGCCAAACAGAGACAAUUGUUUGCUGCUACUGGAAUUGAGAAGAAAUAGUGGGAUGCUAGGAACAUAUAUAAGCAAAAUGGUUUUCUUUGCUGGAAACCUGAUUUAGAAUCUAACAAAAUAUUGUCUCUAUUAUAUCAUUAUAAACUAGAGAGGCACUAUGAAUGCCAUGGCAAUUGAAUUGUACCUCCCUUUCUUUGCUGCCAUCCCAUUUUUUUUUUUUUUUAAGAUUACGUGCUUUACUAGAAGUGUCAAGGUUUCCAAGAUGCUAACAGGUCAACAGCUUUCGCACAGUACCUCUGCACAGCAAAUCUAUUCACAUUUUUCAGAUUCACAAAGCCAAUAGAAUGAGAGAUUCUGAGGUCCUGUGCGCAGGGCUCCUGUAGGAGUCAACACUUCAGUGGGAAGAGCUGUAGUUUGCAGUGGGGCUAGGAUCAGGGAUGCACACCUGGAGCCUCACAAAAUAUUUUGCAAUUACCACAGAGCAGAACCCCUGUUCUAGAUUCAGCCUGCAUAAGUGGCCAUUACAGAGAACAUACGAGAUCAAAACCGAAUCAGAACUAAGCAGGUCAUCUGUAACUGUAUGGUGACAUGAAGUAGCUCCAAGGAUUGCCCCCGCCCCCCCCCCCCGGGUGAUUCCUGCAUUAAAUGUGCUCAUUCCACUGGAGCUUAGGCAAGCUUACGCUGUCUUGAUAAGGAGGCUGGGUUCAUGCAUAAUCAGUGGUACUAAUGGUACUGAAGGACACAUUAAGCACCUCUGUCAUGCUUCAGCAAUCAAAAUGCCACUGAAGAUUGAAUUUGAACUAUAUUAGUGAUGGUGCAUGGGAAAGAACAAGAUCUGUAUUUCUUUUCUGUCUGCUGUCUCUGUGGCAGAUAAGAGCAAAGAACAAGAUCUAAAUUAAUUACUCAACUCGAUUAGUGUGUUUCUGAAUAAACAGAGCAGAUCUAUUGAGUGGGAAAGCAACCUAUUUCUGUGGUCACUUUUCAGCAUGAAAAUGUGCUUUAGGUUUACUCUUCUAAGUAACGACACUGGUGUGUAUGGGUUUGCUUUGUGCAACUCUAGAGAAACUGCAUAUUUGAAAGUAAUAAUAAUAAUUUAAUGCUUCAUGAAGCACUGAUUAUCAGACACUAUUUCACCGCAUUUUCAUGUAGUUACACAUGAUGGGUUUUUCAACAGAGUAAAUUGCAUGUAAUGUACUAGUUUUAGUCAUUAACCAACUCUGAUGUCUGUUGACUGCACGACUUUUAAGAGGGAAGCACAUUAUCAGUAGAGUUUUUUCCAUACAAACCAGAAUAUUGUUCAAAACUGCAAUGAAUAUAGAUCUUCUGUUUUACCAGUGAGAUCCAGAAGCCUCCAUUACAACACUGGGAGUAAGCACACACACAAUUUAGUGUUCUAAUCUGUUCUGAAUAGCAGCAUCAUAAUUAGUGAAGCAUCAUUUUGCAAAAUGAUAAAGAAGUAAAACUUCCAUGAGUGGGCUUUAUCUACAGAGAAUUUAUAUUCUUCAAAAUGUAAAGUUUGUGAAUAAUGCAGUUCAUUGAACUUCUAUAAAGAAGCUACAACGUAUUCAUAGAUGCUCUGUAAAAUAAAUUGCCUUCUUUUCUUGUUUUA